AUGAUUGCGAACAAAAGGCGUUGGACAGAGUUUGAGACCGUUGCACUUACUGAAGAGUGCAGUUCCAGAGUGAGGAGUAAAAUUCCUCCAAAGUUGAAAGAUCUGGGCAGCUUCACGAUUUCGAUUACUAUUGGCAACAUUGAAGUUGGGCUAGCAUUAUGUGACUUAGGAUUGGGUGAGCCUAGGCCAACGACUAUUACGUUGCAGUUGGCUGAUCGAUUUUUUGCUUAUCUUGAUGGUAUUAUUGAGGAUGUGCUUAUAAAGGUGGGCCCAUUUAUUCUGCCGGUUGAUUUUAUUGUACUUGAUUAUGAGGGAUGGGAAGAUGUCCAUGACAGCGCUGAUGGACAAGAGGCGACUUUGAUGCGUGUAAAGCUACCAAUCUUCCACCCUAUUAGGGGAGUUGAAGAUGAUUACCGUGGUGGAGCUCGAGCUCACUAA